AGAGUUUUUGGGGUUUCAACAGAGUCAAUGCAGCUCUCGUACGACCCCAGGGGUAAUUGCGUGCCAACCAUACUACUUAUGAUGCAGAGGCGCUUGUAUUUGCAAGGCGGUCUCCAGGUAUCCUAGAGUUGUUCUCCAGAGCAUACAAGAACGCACCAUCUAUUGUGUUCAUUGAUGAAAUUGAUGCAUUGACUUCAGAAACGGAAAGCUUGUUCCAAUGCCCGGUAAAACAGUUGAUGGCUUGCAUGAAGGAACCUGUGAAUGACGGUUCUGAUUCUGAAAGAUCUGAUAGUAUACCCGGUGGCUAUGUACUGACCAUUGGAGCAACCAAUGAACCUAAUGCUCUUGGCCUUGCCUUAAGGAAGAGGUUUGAUCGUGAAUUUGUUUUACGUGUUCCAAGAGAAAACCAACGGCAUGGCAUACUAUCAGUUCUAACACGUAAUCAUGAGGUUGGAGUUGAUUUUGAUCUUGGGGAGUUAGCUAGGUGGACUCAAGGUUUUGUAGCAGAAGAUUUGGCAGAACUAGUAAAUAAGGCUUCUAUGGAGUCUUUAAAUGACGCCAUUAGAUCGAGAGCUUACAAAAAGAGCUCUAAGGAUGGUAAUGAAGCAUGUGGAAAAUCAUUUUCAGAUGAAGAAUUGGAAGGACCUAAAUUAACCAUGCACAAUUUUUAUGAUGCUAUGGAUUGGGUUUCGCCUUCUGCUGAAAUGGAAGAGUUUUCUAAAAAAUCAUAUACAAACUGGUAUGAUGUUGGAGGCCUUCAAUUGUUGAAAUUGGAAUUUGAGCGUCUGGUAGUUAAGCGUAUAAAGUUUCCACGAGUUUAUGAGUCUCUUGGGGCAAUUGGGAUGAAGAACAUGCCAUCCUCCUUUUUCCUUUAUGGUCCUCAUGGUUGUGGGAAGACAUUGAUUGUCCAAGCUUUGGCUAAAGAAGCAGGAGCGAAUUUCAUGCAUAUCAAGGGCACUGAACUAUUGAAGUUUGGGAAGUGGAGCAGGAUGAUUGUGCAAAAUAUUUUCAAAUGUGCAAAACUUCACCCUCCAUGUAUACUUUUCUUUGACGAGUUGGAAAUGUUCAGCUCAGAGGAUUUUUCAGACAGUGAACUUGAGAAGGACGAAGAUGUAUGGAAGUCGGAGGAAUAUAGAGAGGUGCGGAACCAAACAUUGAUAUAGAAUACCAAGUCCCUGUUAUAGAAAAUGAAUCAGAUGUAUAUGUGUUUGCUUCAUCAUCUAAGUACGGGUAGAGAUUUUGGAUCGUAUCCCGGCAAUCAAAGAAGAGUUUGGUAGGGUUUUAUAUGCUCCUCUUCCUAGUCCAGAAGAAAGAGGUGAGAUACUAAAAGCUCUCGCUCUGUACAAGCCAAUUGAUCCUGAGGUGGAUCUGAUGGCUCUAGGAAAACUCGAUGCUUGUCACAAUUUCACUGGCGCUGAUCUAUUUUCUUCGGUGACGGUAGCUUCUGUGUUCGCUAUUGAACGACCAUCAUUGUCCUGUGGGGGUAGCUUGACCAUCAAAAAUGAAGAUUUCAAUAAAGUGUUAACUAAACCCCCUUCUCUUUCGGAUGAGGAACUCAAGAACACUACAAGCGGAGAAGAUUGAUGUUGCUGAUGGUGUAUCCGCGAUGCAGUGGCCAGUGGGAUAUGGAAACAAAUGAGUGAAGUCAUGAAGAAGAAGGCCAAAAAGUAAAUUGCCAGAAAUAGCAAGCGAAUUGAUUGUGAUUGUUUCAUUGCAUAAAAUCCAAAUUACAUUACAGCUUAUAUAGCGUAGACAAGAAGCAUCUAGAACAACUCCUUAAUCUAUGCACAACUCUUAAUCUCUUGCUUUAACAAACUUAAUCACGGCUGAAUCAAGAACGGCUCUUCUUUA